AUGCGGUAUGAUUGGAACUGGCUUACCCUCCAUGCUUACCCUCCAUAUGAGCCCUUAGAAAAUAUUGCACUGGAUUGUGGUUCCUUUGAUUUUCAAACUCUGUCCUUUGAUGGCCGGAACUGGACUUCUGAUGGAACUUUCAUCUCGCAAAGCAACUCUACUGCAGCCUCAAUAGUUUCUUCCAUUGACCCAGGAGUCCCUCAAGUUCCUUACAAGACUGCUAGGCUCUUCUUUUCUGAAUUUACCUACACCUUCAAUUUAACACCAGGUCCCAAGUUUCUCCGUCUUCACUUCUAUCCAACCUCUUAUCCUGGUUUUGAUGCUUCCAAAGCAUUCCUUUCAGUUACGGAAGGUAACCAUACUCUUCUGAGCAAUUUCAGCGCCUCUCUUGCUGCAAAUUACAAGGAUGUUUAUGCUUUUUCGAAGGAAUUCAUAGUCCAUGUGAAAAACCAUUCGCUUCGACUAACAUUUAGUCCUUCUUCAAAUGCUUCUGAUGCAUUUGCCUUUGUGAACGGGAUUGAAGUCGUUUCAAUGCCUCGCAAUCUCUAUGUACGGGGCGAAAAUGUUCCUCUUCCUUUUGUCGGAUAUCUUUAUAAUCCUAUCAGACUAGAUAACACAUAUGCACUUGAAACAGUUUACAGAAUCAACGUAGGAGGCGAAGACAUUUCUCCCAAAUCAGAUUCAGGGAUGUUCCGCACUUGGAAAAGAGAUGAUCAAUACAUAUUUGGAGCCAAUUUUGGGCACUUAGCAUCCGAUUACGAUCUUCAGGUCAAGUACACACCAACAGUACCAGCACACACUGCACCUGAUUUAGUAUACGGCACUGCUCGUUUCAUGGGUUUUGAUCCUAGAAUCAAUUUACAUUUUAACUUAAGUUGGUUUUUUCCUGUUGAGACCGGAUUUUUAUAUCUUGUCAGGCUCCAUUUCUGUGAGCUUGAUAGGAGUAUAACAAAAAUAAACCAGAAGGUAUUUUCUAUAUAUAUGAACGAAGAAACGGCUCAGGGUCAAGCAGAUGUCAUUACGUGGAGCGGUGGGCAAGGUGUUCCAGUCUACAAAGACUAUGUCGUAAUGAUCCCAGUGGGAAAAGAAGGGAUUCAGAAUCUUUCGCUUGACCUGCGCCCUAACACAGAAACCAAGCCUCAAUAUUAUGAUUCUUUCUUAAAUGGAAUAGAGGUAUUCAAAUUAAACAAUUAUGGUGGAAAUCUUGCUGGACUUAAUCCUCCUCAAAUGCAGAAUCACGAGGGAUCUUCCGUAUCGUCAUCAACCAGUUCAGAGAAAAGACUAGUCAGAAUUAUUGGAGCUGUCAUGGCAUUUAUUAUAUCUAACGAGUUACAAUGCCAUGUGGCACUCCUCCGCGAUCAUCUGUACAUGCCAUGUGGCACUCUCCGCGAUCAUCUGUACAAGGGAAGUAACAAUCCACCAUUGUCAUGGAAUCAAAGGCUCAAGAUUUGCAUUGGUGCAGCUCGAGGAUUACAUUAUCUUCAUUGCGGAACAAAGAAUUCGAUUAUUCACCGCGACAUUAAGUCAUCUACCAAUAUAUUGUUAGAUGAAGAAUGGAUGGCAAAGGUCUCAGAUUUUGGGUUGUCAAGGUUAGGCGCCAUUACAGCAUCAACCAGCCAUGUUAAAACUCAAGUGAAGGGUACGUUUGGGUAUUUAGACCCAGAAUACUACAGAACUAGAACACUGAGCAAGAAAUCAGAUGUUUAUUCUUUUGGUGUAGUGUUAUAUGAGGUACUAUGUGCAAGACCAGCUGUGUUGGUGGAAGAAGAGGAAGGUAAGGUUAGUUUAGCUGGAUGGGCUCUGGAAUGCAGUAGAAAUGGUACCAUUAAUUGCAUAAUUGAUCCUUCUUUGAGAGGAAAGAUUGCUACUGCUUCUCUCAUUGCAUUCGUGGAAAUUGCAGUAAAAUGCUUAUCAGUUCCGCGAACCCAAAGGCCAGCCAUGGGAGAUGUGGUUCAUAGUCUGGAAUUAGCAUUACAGGCACAAGAAAAUGAGGAUUGGAAAGAGGAAGUACAGAGAGUUAAGGGACGAAGAAUUGAUAUCACUUGUUUUCUCUUGUUUCCAAAUUAUUGUUGAUUGUAAACAAGCUAGAAACCA